AUGGAAUUCAGCAGGAAACCCAUGAUUUCCUGACACACAGCAAGCUGGAGAAAGAAAGGAAAAACUCCAUUAAAAACCUCCAGGCUCUCCUCCAUGUUAGAAAUGAAAUGGAAAAUGGAGUGGAUUUAACAGGAGUCCCUGAUUCCUGCGUCCCAGCUGGAGAAAGGGAGACGCGAAUCAGAGCCGCAGGCUGCUGAUAUUUUUGAAGUCGCAGUAAAUACUGAGAACUGCCGGCCAGGAUGAGGAUUUCCUGACUGGGACAAACGAAACGGGACAGAUCUCUUUUUUAUGGUAUUCCUCUCUACGAAUUUAAUUUAUUUACCUCGAUGAUUCUCUUGACUGAUCUGGUAAUUGUUAGAAGCGGCUGUGACAGCCUGGAAACAUUACUAUGAUUUCCUGAGUUUGAGAUUUGCUGCUCGCCCCCUCCUCCCCCCAACUCCAAACUCAGGAAAAGUCAAUACAAUCGCACUUCAUUUUUCCUUCAUGUGCACUUGGAAGUCCUGGGAGCAGCAAGAGCAGCAGCAGCGACAGCAGAAGCAGCAGCAAGAAUGAACUGCAAGGAAGAAAAUGACAACUGCACUGAUGGGAGCAGGAAUAACACCAAGAAGAUGUUAAAAUGCGUGGUGGUUGGGGAUGGUGCAGUUGGGAAAACCUGCUUGCUGAUGAGUUAUGCCAAUGAUGCCUUCCCGGAGGAGUAUGUCCCCACUGUGUUUGACCACUAUGCAGUAACAGUGACUGUGGGAGGACAACAACACUUGCUGGGACUCUAUGAUACUGCCGGGCAGGAGGACUACAACCAGCUGAGACCCCUGUCCUACCCCAACACAGACGUGUUCUUGAUCUGCUUCUCGGUGGUGAAUCCUGCCUCCUACCACAACGUCCAGGAGGAGUGGGUGCCUGAGCUGAAAGUCUGCAUGCCCAACGUGCCUUAUGUCCUCAUAGGAACACAGAUUGAUCUCCGGGAUGAUCCCAAAACUUUGGCACGGCUGCUUUACAUGAAGGAGAAACCACUCACCUACGAGCACGGGGUGAAGUUAGCAAAGGAGAUUGGAGCACAGUGCUAUCUGGAGUGCUCAGCCCUCACACAGAAAGGCCUUAAGACUGUCUUUGACGAGGCAAUCAUGACCAUUUUCCACCCCAAGAAGAAGAAGAAGCGCUGUGCAAAGUGCCACAGAUGCUGCACCCUCGUGUGAAGUCGCUUGGAAAGAGAAGCGAGCUGAGUUCAAUGAAACCAAGCAGGUUAGAAAGGCAAUGAAGGUCACAUGCAACUGAAAUGGGGAACAUGACCAGAAAAGGGUCCUUCUUACCCAAAUACAGGAGCCCUCCAUUCUGUGAAACCUCCAAGCUGUAUCACACUAGGCCAACUCAUGUCUCUGUGCUUUCCUAACCCUCCGGAGCUGUACGUAGCCUGUUCCCACUACUACAGACUGAACCGAGCCAACAGAAACCAGGAUGCCUGCUCCUGCCUGGGUCUUCACCUUAGGAAUAAGGUGAAGGUGGCAUGUGGCUAAACAAAGAAUUAAAGGCUGUAAAAGAAACAGGAGAAACUCCAUUUGUGGCCUUAAGUAAGAAUUGAUCAAAAUUAGGAAUUUGCAGUACUUAGUAAUUAAAUCUAAAUUGACUGAAAGCACGUGGAGAUCUGUAGAAGUCUAAUAUGUAAGAUAUACACCAUAGGUAGGAUGUACUUUAAAAUUACUUUUCUUUUAUAAGACUUGCUAGUUCAAGAGAUACUUUAGUUUGUUCAAACAUGGAAGCAAAGGUGGAGUGAUUCCAGUUUAUUUUCACUUAAUGGUGAAACUUCACAGCAUCAGGAUGUUGCUGCACACAAGCUACCAAAAUGGACCAACAUUUACCUCCAGACUUAAGGAAUGUUCUUAUAACAAAAAAAAAUGCAAAUAACUGUAUUUUUACAGGAGAACGUUCAGGCUGAGCCAUGUUUCCAUAAGCUGGGAAAGGAAGAACAGAGUUGUAGCAUUAAUGAACUGAAACAAAGAAAUUCUGCCACCAAAGAACAUUGCCCUAGACAUGGAAUAGCAGCGUGGAACAAUCUCCCUUCCAGCUGAGAACAUGAACGAGACACAUUGCCAUGGCAACUGAGAAUUUACCUUAUAGAUCAGCUGGAUUUCUACAUCUCACCCAACAGCCAAAAAUAGCAAUAACCAAAAAGCCAAAGGUCGUACUGACUUUAAGUGCUUUAAGGUGAUCCAGUUGCCUUAUGAUUAUCUUUUUUUGUGGAGCAUUUCUGUAAAAAACCUCAUCAAAGUGAUUGCAAACGUUGACUUAUUGUAGUCUCCCUCCUCCCUUUGAUUGCUUCUUUCUUUCUUCCCAUUUUUCCAUCUUCAAGGAGAGUGAUGCUUUAUUUGCAGCGUGGUUUGCAGUCCUCAGGAGUGAACUUUCCCAUGAGUGGCAAAUGACAGCCAGCAGCAUGGAGAUGGGAAGUCCAGCCCAAAAGAGAAGGGAAGGUGCCUGUGAACUCCCUUUGCUGCUGGAGAAAGCGUGCCUUUUUGCUAAAACCUCUCCAGAGAUCCUGUAGUUUUGCACAUCACAGCAACAAAGGCACUCAGAGGUGAACUCGAAGUGCAUCUUGUUAUUUGCAGCUGCCUUCGGGUACCUGGGCAGUGCCAUGAGACUGUCUUGUUAUGGAUUUCAUUCCCCAAACAGGAAAUCACAGUACCCAGCACACACAGAUUUGAAGAUGUCUGAUGUAACUCCUUGCAAAAGCAGUAGCCAGCAUUUCCAGAAGUGCCUGGAGUGAGAAAGUACCAGUAGUGCACCCUCCCAGCCUGGGGUCACGUACCCUGUGCCCCCACACACCCUAUCCUGUAAGACUGCCAGCCCUCUCGUCUCUGGAAGAACAGCAGCUGACUACACACAUGUCACCAGAAAAGCUGGUGAACUACAGAGCUGGUGUUGCUUGGAGUAAUGAGUGACUUCAGCAGGACAACAGGAACUGCACCCUCAGCACAGGGAAGGGGCCAAGUCUGAUGCAGUGCCCAGUCCUGCUGUCAUCGAGGCUUACGGAUCCAAGCUCCUCCUUCAGCACAAAUUCCAUUUCAUAGAAUCAUGGAACAGUUUGCAAUGGAAGUGACCCUAAAGAUCAUUUAGUUCCACCCCCAAUUUACCCUGGACACCUACAGAAACAAGCUCUGACACAUUUCUAGUUAUAAAUCAGCAGUUCUCUCUGACAAAAGCAAUCAGACUCAAGGCAAAUGCCUUGUUGCUGUUACCUGAUGGCUUCCACUCACCAUCCCUUUCCCACUGCACACAAACAUGGAUGAGAGCACAGCUGUGCUAAACCAAAGGCAGACAAAAGAAAGUUGUCCUCACUGCUGGCUUUUUUUUUUUUGUAUAUAUUUUAUGUUUGGUUUUAUGUUUGUUCCCAAACAUUUACUUCAGAUGGCCUGGCUGCUAAAGCCCAGCUCAGAGGAAGGACAGUUCCAAAGCCCAGUGCAGGGAUCUGUGCUGUGCCACAGAGUUUGUUGCCAUCCCCAGGCAGAGCAGUGAGUGUUCACCCCACCAGGACACUGGCAACCAGCUGAACUGUAACGUGUAAAGAGAUAUUAGGAGAGCAUGAGGAGAACUAGGAGUGGAUUAAAGAAAUUAAUAUUUAGGUAAUGGUUGUUGGCCUACAACAUGACUAGAAAUCCACUGAAGUGAAAAAAAAAGCUUUCAACACAUUUCAGAGAAAAAAUAUAUCUUCACUGUGCUGCCAUUUACUUCAGUGGAAAUAAGUUAGGGAAAUUGUUUUAGCUCAUGUAGGUUGCUGUAGAGUCCAUGUACAAGUGUCUGGUUGAAGUAAGUGAAGUCUGGUUUAGCUGGAGCACAAUGCAAGCACUCAGGUUGGAGCUGCCAGGUAUUCUUAGAGCUUCACAAAAUGCAGAGGAAAUAGAAAUCUAGAGUGACAGUUGAGCUCAUCAUAACAUAAUGAGCACACUGCAAAAGUGCAAUAUAACGUCCCAGCAUGCAUUAGGAAAAGCCACAAAUAAUCAAAGGGUACUUCUGUGUGCCACGAAGUACCAGGGAUAGUUAUUAAUACUAAUUGGAUGGCAUAGGAUUGGGAAUAGAAUCAAAAAUCAAAUGGGAUUUGAGCAAAACUAACUACAAAAUACAUGGUGAUGUAGCAGCUAAAAUGCUACUGUCCUAAUGCGUUAAUCUACAGCACCCUGAACACAUCACUGCAUGGAGAAAGUAGAUAGAAAAGUGUUAAUAUGCAUACAAAAAUGUUAAGACUAACCAGGGGUUUAUUUGCACGUACAAAAUGAAGCAUAUCAAGUUUGUGAGGCAGUAAAAUUUCAAGUUUUUCAAGCUGAUCUUGACCAAAAUUUGACAUCUGGGAGCUGCAAGGGAGGGAGAGUGAUCACAGUCUGCUGAGAAAAGGCCUCUGCACUCCAUUUAUUUUUCAUUUUUCUUCCAACAAAAAUAAAUGUUUUAAAAAUAGCCAUGGUUAAUGCAGGUCCCAUAAACAUUAUUGCUGUCUUAGGUUACGUACACACACUUAUCCAUGGAAUGUGGCACUUACCUAAGGAUCUGCCCUGUUAACUAUUAUUUUGGGGUUGCAGAGCUACCACAGGUCAAUAGGCUUUAGAAAGGGAUUGUAGGAUGUAAGGAGAUUCAUUGACUCUCUGGCAAGUCAUACCUAAUACCUUCUCUAAAAGCCAACAGAUGGUGUGUGAACAGGCAGCAAAGCUUAUUUUCAGAAAUAUCACAACACCAGACACAGUGCAAGCACAGGCAUAAGGCCACAGAUAUAAACUCGAAGUUAUUUUCAAGCACCAUUAGUAACAAGGAAAGAAAAUCAAUACAGGAUUGCCAGGUGGAAGCAGAUGGGUUUUCUCACUGUAAGAUGAGCUAGAAAUCAGAUCCCAAUUUCACCUUCAAAGGAACACAGUUAAGGAGAGUCAUAAAGGUUAUAAACCAUCCCUGGAACCUAUUCGACAACAUCCUCUUAUUGCAGCUGAUGUCAAAACCUUUCUUGACAGACCUGCCUUUGCUAAUAGUCUCCUGUCAUUUCAAAAGCACUUACAACUUACAGGAAACCUGCUAGAUCCUGUAAAACCCAUCUCCUUUAGCCUCUUCUUAAACCAUAAUGUUCUACCAGGAGUUCUUAACCUGAAGUUCCAGUUCCAAACAGAGUUCCUAAAGUAUUUUCAUGCAGACUCCUGCAAGGAGAUAUUAGAGGUAUUAUGUAUUUGAGAGAUAUCUCACACAAAACCUUAUAUCAUAUAUCAUAUAUCAUCAUUAAACAACCCACAGAUGCCUCUGCCCUCCAGAGCCCUGCAAAAACACCAGGCUGGUGGAACUGGGACAAUCCUGCCACUUCCAGCAUGACUUGAAGGAGGUCCCACAAAGACUUCCACAGUUUGUCCUGUGCCUCCCAGAGCUCAGAGAACCUGGGGAGAACACAGAAACAAUGCUCUAACCCUAUGUAGGUCCAUCCUUGUUUAUUCAACAGGAUAUACAUCCCAUGUACUUACAUCAUCCAGGAGUGGUGGUGAGCAGUUCUCAAGAUGAGCUCACCCUGGUUCUCCUAUGUGCCAUAUGGUCCCAGACCUUCUCUCUAAUAUAAAUAACUACUGUUACAGUAAUGCAUAGCUUACAGAGAACAACCAACUACAAGCUCUUGCCUCUCAUUGCCUUCCAUGAGGCAGGAUGUGAGUCUUUCCCUCGAUAUCCACAUGCACUGGUCCUGAUAAAAUUAUUCUUCUUGCUGGUGGAAACUACAGAAUUCACUCCAAGUCCAGAUUGACAAUCAAAACAAUCGUUUCAGCAGCUGACAUUGAUAUUUCUCACCUUUUUUGUCUUUCAAAGCACUAUUUCAUUUCACAAUAAACACAGAAUUAAAUAUACUGCUGCAUCUUGACAUGAAAUAACAUUAUUCCAAAUACUUUUAUUAAAGAGACAGAUUUUGGCAGUCUUCCUCCUGCAGAAGAGAAUCUUACUUCACAAGGAACUGUCUCCAACUUCCUCAUUUCUCAUUCAAUCCCACUGACACUGCUCAUAUAAAGGAGAGAGGCUGAAUAUGGCCAUUGUGACCUGCCCUGUAGUUAACCUACAACAAAAUCUCUUCCAGCUGCUCUAGUAUUGGUGGCCUGUGUUCCACAAAAAGCCGUGGUUUUCCAUUCCCUGCACACUCUACAAGUCACUUGAUGGUCUGUCAUGCUAAGCACCAUGAUCUGUGUAGUAUGUGCCAUCUCUAAGGAAGUGUGGUGGAGCAGAACCAAGAAAUGGGUUGGGAAAGGAGAAUCAAGAAAUUAGUUGGGAAAGGAGAAAAGCCUUGACCGUGCUGCCACACAAACCAAGCAGGACUCCCCCAGAAACAGUCACUGCAUUACAACUCUCAUCAAGAGGCUGAAAGCCACACCAAGGGUGGGAAAACCACUGUAGCAAACAGAGAACAACAGGGAACAAACAUUUCUCUAUAGGUGACUGUCUGGAUGCAGCGACAAGGAUGCAUGAGCUUCACUUCCCAUCGGCAGCAAGCUGUUGAGAUCCCAUCCAAGAUAUUGUCCCAAGACUCCAGAGAUCCAAACUGAGAACCCUUUACAGGAGCUGGAAAAACAUUGCAGAAGUCCUUGCAAGCAAUUUCUGUUGCUGUCUCCCCUCAUAUGCACCUCUAUUGCACCCAGCCUCACAUAGAGCAGUGACACAGUGGUCGGUCACACCAAUGGUAUCUGUCCAGCAGGUGCAUUUUCACUGUGCAAGCUGCCCUGUCCUCACAAAAAUCACAGAAUAAUUUUGGUUGGAAAAGACCUCUAAGAUCAUCAAGUCCAGCCAUCAAUCCAGCACUGCCAAGCCCAGCACUAAGCCACGUCCCUAAGUGCCACAUCUAUAUGUCUUUUGAAUACCUUCAGGAAUGCCUACUCCACUACUUCCCUAGGCAGUCUAUUUCUCCCUUUAACUCAGAUAUUUAAGAUGCCCAUCUGCUUUUAUAUCUUGCUUACAGCCCAUGACUUUUUCUGUACCUUUUUUCCCCAAGUGGCACAGCAAGUACCUCUUGAUUCACCAUACUGGAACUUCAUCUGGAUUAAAAAUAGUUUGCAGUGGCAUCACUCUGUCUCAAGUCAGGAUUGUUUAAAAGCACAUUUGUCUUCUCCAGGAAAGCAAUCAACAUAUGCUCAUGUUGGCCCUGGGACCAUUUGUUCAACAAACAGGUAGAAUGCAGGAAUCUGGCUGCACAUGCCUUUCUCCGUGUAUUUUCCUUUCCCCUGAGGAGAAUUUGUAAUGUGUUUUAUCCCACGUAAAAAAAGCAAAUCUGGAAAUAACAGAACAUUUUCUUGAUUCACAACUCUAUAGGACUGGAGGAGCAUCUGCUGUGACAGGAGGUGAGCAUGGAGAGACCUACGUCAGAUAACUUCUAGACACAUUUGAGCUCUAUGUAAAAAAUGAAGACAAAUUUCCACUAUAAAUGUUUAUUUUCCUCUUCAUGAAUAAAGACCAUCUGAAAGCAGGAAAAAGCCUCCCACUGCUUUCGGUAGUGGCUUGUGAUCUCAGCUGUCUUCACCUAUCAAAACAAAACAGGAACAGGAGUAUUUUUGCAUCAAAAAGUUGGGACAAAAUCACCAAUUAGAAGUCACAAAUGCAACAGAAUCACAUCUACACUUCUGCUUUGGGGGAGAGCUGCAAAAUCAGGGACCAGAGUCACAAUUAGUCAGUUUGAUCCUAAAACCUGAAUUUUAUUUUAAGGUGUUAAGGGGACGCCCAUAACUAGAAUGAAAGCAAAACUUCCAAUUCUCUUUUCUUUGUUUCAGUUAAAGCUUGCAGAAACAUGGGACCAUGAAUGUAUUUUUCCUGGGCAGUUCCAGGAACCCCACCAGAACAGCAAAAAUAAUCAGAUGCUCAUUGUAGAAAGAAAAUGAUCUCACAAACUCAUAUAUCACAGAGCAAGAAGCAAAAACCAUGUGAAUUGCUGUCAAUAGUUAAAAAUCUCUAACUUUGAAAAUAUUGUAACAAAAAAAAAACUUUGAGCCUGAUCCCCACCCCCUUCCAGAUUGUGCAGAACAUAAUGCAGGGUUUGGCAGCCUCUAACUAUAAUGUUAGGGUGGGAUUUUCAAAGAUGCCAUAUUUUGGCUUCAUUUCAAUUCUUAUGAAAGCAAUGGAAAAUUUCAAUGGGGUCCACACAUGGCUAAUGUGGAAAACGUUUGAGAGUCUUUAUAUUACCUCUUUUUCUAACCUUUUAUUUUGGCUGACCAAGCUUUGAGCACAUGGACACGCUGAACCAGGUCCAAGAAUCUUUUAUACCUUUUGGCUGCUGGUUGUGGACUCCUGAAAGGAGAUGGGGCAUCUGGAGACUUUGCUGAUCUGAUCUUUGGAGGCUGGAUUUGAAACUCUGUGUUCCUACCACUACUAGGCUGAAGAUGAAAAUAGUUACAUUAACAGUGUAAUAUUCAAGAUAAAUGGUUUUCCUUGCUGAGUUUGAUACUGCACUCCUUGCUGUCACUUAAUUUCAUCUCAUCCCAUUCAGGAUGCCCGAUUCAAUUUGAUUUUGCCAAAGAUCAGUUUGAGCUCUCACUGAUAUCAACUCUGGUGAAUUUUGACUUUGAUCAGAGGUUAAUGAACUCAGAGUAAACAGUUGUCACCAGUCUACAGUUUCUGGAUCUUCCGACACAACAGCUAUUUGUAUUGAUAACAUACAGAAAAUUUGGUCUCAUGCCUGUCAAAGAACUUUGGGUGUAAGACAUACCCAUAGUAUGACUGUCAUGUCAUCUCUCCCAAUACUUCACCCCAAAAAUAGGCAGCUGCUCGAUUUAACUGCAUUACAGACCUGGCAGGCACUGAACUGCCUUGUCAGUAUACAGUAAAUGAGCCCAAACUCUCCCCAGACUUGCAAAUAUUAAUUCAUUAAUGAGCAAUAACACAAAGUUAUGUGAGAGGGGAAAGACAUCGGCAAAGUCUUCUUCACUCAUGAGCAGAAGUGACCUAAGGUGGUGAGCACAGGUUACCAGGUGGGAAAUGCUACAGAGCAAGGCAUAGCAUGUUGUCCAUGCUUCCCCAAAAAUUAUGGAUUGAGCCUGGUGAAAGGGCUCAGAGGUGCCUCUGUGGAGUCACACCAGGAUACCUGGAGCUCAGCAGCACCUUGAGACUGGGAGGACUUCAAGGAAGGCUGCAGAGAGGAGCAGGGAGAGGCAGUGCGAUGAUAACUGAAUCCAGUUACACCUGUUAUGAUGUUGAUGCACUUGUCAAAUACAGGCAUUUCACUGCACAGAGAUUCUCUGCUCCCCUGAGAACACAAAGACAAGGAAAUUUAUUUCCCUCCUUUUUGUGUUUACUUUAUAGUAAUACUCAAAAGUGUUCGCUAAGCAAUGCUUAAAAGUAACAGUGCAACAAGUUAUUAUAAUUGAGUUUGUGAAUCAGAUGCAAUGACCUCAGCACAGAUCAGGACCUAAUGCAUCAUCAGUCAGAUCUCAGCCAGCUGAGAAAAGGAGUCAUUUACUUGAUGUGAGCAACUGAAUUUUUCUCUCUUAAAAGUUGCUGUGUGCAAUACUGCUGGAAUCUGGGGCUGGUGAAACCAAAGGAUGAGCACUAAAACAUUAUGUCUGACUUUUGAGUGAUAUGUCUUCUUUUUAAAGAUUAACCAGAUCUUCAGAAUUCACGUCAAAGCAAUACAAUUUCAAACCAAGGAAAUUCGGUUUUCCAGCGAUUUAGUUCUGCAUAGUUUAAAAAUCAUGUAAACAGUAUUAGUUUCCUAUUUACAGCACAUAAUUCUGUACUCUUUUGUUUAUCCUCUUUUAAACAUGUAAUUACUGUAUAUUGUAAUGCACAUUAAUAUCGUCUAUUGUACAUAGUUUAUUUUAACAAAAUAAAUGUAUUACUAAGUAUUUUGACAGCAUC